ACUAUAUAGGGUAUAUGCAAUUCAAUGCAAUCAUACAACAUCUCACCUAAAGAGUUUAUGGAUGGUGGUAAUUUUUGUUUUGAAAUAAACUGUGUUUUAGUGCCAUUUUUAUUUUUGCUAUAUAUGGAUAUGUUCGUAGUUAUUGAGCAUGUUUUAAGAACUUUGUUUAUUGGAUGAAGAAAACUUCUCAUUCAAUAAGGUAGACUGAGAGUUCUCCUAAAUUGCUAGUGUGCGAAUACUAUGUAUUUUCGACGAAGAAUUUUGUUGUGAGAUAGAACAAUAAUCCCUUUGUAAAAUGCUUCUUGGAUAAAUAAAUUGAAAGUUUUGAGUAAAACCAGUAUAUACACUCCAUAUGUGUAAUCAGAUCAAGCUUAGCCGAGCUCUAUUAAAACCUAAACAACUUUUAUAACAUUUUUAUCAAAUUAAUAAGUUUAUACUCUUGUCCUUUAAAAACAGCAACUUUUAAAAUGGCAUAGAUUUUCUAAUACGCCAUACAACAAAUAUAUAUUUUUAGGGGACACAUUAGAAAAAAAGAAGAAUUUUCAAGAGAAAAACGAAAUAUUGCAUGUCAAUGGAAUAUCAAAAUUGUCAAAGGCGAAGUUAUGAGUAUUUAUUGCUGGAAUAAAACAACGGAGAGUCUGAUAAUCGACAGGGAUCUUCGCUGCGUGUCGAAAUCCACGCAUACUUCCCCUUCAUUUAUGUGCAAUUGCAUCGAUCUCUGCACGCAGAAAUAUAGAACAAACUAGUUAAUAAUAAUAAUCAGGGAGACAUGUGGGAAUCGAUUUGCUUAACGAUUGCGGCUUCAGCCGGAAUCAGCAUUGGCAAAGUGCUCCAGAAAAAGGGCACCCUAAUUCUCCCGCCUCUCUCCUUCAAGCUCAAGGUGAUAAGAGCAUAUGCUUCUAACAGUCCUUGGAUAAUCGGCUUCUUGAUGGAUAUUUUUGGGGCCAUCUUGAUGUUGCUCGCACUAUCUCAGGCUCCGGUAUCGGUGAUUCAACCUGUUUCUGGCUGCGGGCUUGCCAUUCUCUCAGUAUUUUCUCAUUUUUAUCUGAAGGAGGUCAUGAAUGCAAUCGACUGGAUCGGAAUUGCUUUUGCUGGUAUUGGCACUAUAGGUGUUGGUGCUGGAGGAGAAGAGCAAAAGUCAUCAUCCAUCUCAGUUAUCUAUUUACCAUGGCUCGCAUUUGUUGUUGUGCUUGUGUUUGUUCUUCUUAAUGGAUGGCUUCGUGUUUAUAGAAGGCAGAGAAGAGAACAUGAGUUGAUGCAAUACGAAGUGGUUGAGGAAAUCAUUUACGGCUUGGAGUCCGGCAUCCUAUUUGGGAUUGCAUCUGUAAUAUCAAAAAUGGGAUUCUUGUUCUUGGAGCUAGGAUCUUCCAAGUUAUUGCUUCCCGUUUGUGUCUCGAUCAGCAUAACGUGCAGUGCCUCUGGAUUUAUUUACCAGACACGUGGUUUGAAGCACGGAAGGGCAAUCGUCGUGUCCACAUGUGCAGCUGUUGCCUCGAUCGUGACUGGUGUGCUUGCCGGCAUGUUUGCACUGGGCGAACAGCUGCCUUCGGCCCCCACAUCUCGCCUAUUGCUUCUCCUCGGAUGGCUCUUCAUCAUCCUCGGAGUGAUCCUGCUGGUAUCUUCGUCGAGGUUGAUGCAACACCUCCGGAGGCUGUGGAAACGCUUUGCACGAGGCGGGAUCGAGAGGAGUUUCAUCCAAAGGCAGUGGAGCUCGGCCCGUGCAAGGGACACAAUUUUGAAAUAGCUACAGCCUAAAAAUCAUUAUGGAGAAUGUAAUUUUAUUUUUUCAGACCACGAUUAUUAAAUAUUGCUUAUUGUUAAUUAACGAGGAAAAGGGAAAAGGGAAAAGGGAAAA